AUGCCUCUCCCCAUCGUCAGGUCGGCUUCCGGCCUCACCCUCAGCUGCAAAACAUUCAUCGACCGUCAACCACAGCCCCUGUCCCGUCUCCUCUCAUGCUCGUACUCUGCUUCUGCCGUCUCCCGGCAUGACCGGCCGUUCCGGAUGGCAGUCGUCGGCUCCGGCCCCGCCGGCUUCUACACCGCGUACCGCGUCAUGUCCCUGAUCGACCGCGCAAAGGUCGACAUGUAUGAAGCCCUGCCUGUGCCGUUUGGUCUGGUCAGGUUCGGCGUGGCUCCUGACCAUCCAGAAGUCAAGAACUGUCAAGACAAGUUCUCGGAGGUUGCGUCCUCUCCAAACUUCACAUUCGUCGGCAACGUCUCUAUUGGCCACAAGCCCUUCCACCCAGACGGCCAAUCAGUCCCCCUGACCACGCUGCUGCGCCACUACGAUGCCGUGCUAUUCGCAUACGGCGCAGCCAAGGACAGGACACUCGGCAUACCGGGCGAGUCGACCCUGAAGCGCAUCUAUUCGGCCCGCGAGUUUGUAGGCUGGUACAACGGCCUGCCCGAAUUCGCAGGCCUGAACCCGGAUCUCUCUCAGGAAGAGGCCGUCAUCAUCGGCCAGGGCAAUGUCGCCGUCGACGUCGCCCGCGCCCUGCUCGAGGACGUGGACAAGCUGCGGAAGACGGACAUGGCCGACUACGCCCUCGACGCGCUGUCCACGAGCCAGGUCAAGAGGGUUCGCCUGGUCGGGCGGAGGGGUCCCAUGCAGGCCGCCUUCACCAUCAAGGAGAUGCGCGAGCUGAUGAACCUGCCCGGCGUGUCGGCCGACCCUAUCGACAAAUCGCUCGUCCCGUCCGACCUGAAGACCAUUCCCCGAGCGCGCAGGCGCCUCACUGAGGUCGUCCUCAAGGGCUCUAAGACCCCGCGGUCCUCAGCAUCCAAGUCGUGGUCGCUGGACUUCUGCCUGUCGCCCACCGAGUUCCACCCGGACCCAGCGGCCCUGGACGCCGUGGGGAGCACCACCUUCGAACGGACCUCCCUGUCCCCGGACCCCUUCGACCCGGACACCCGUGCCACCGGUACCGGGGAGGCCACAACACUGGCCUCCCCGCUCGUCUUCCGCUCGAUAGGGUACAAGUCUGUAGCCCUCCCCGAAUUCGACGCGCUCGGUGUCGCCUUCGACGCGGGCCGUGGUGUGAUCGGCAAUGACCACUAUGGGGGGCGUGUGCUGCGCAGCGGGUUUGAAGGCGCUGAGCUGUUCCCCGGGCUGUACUGCUCAGGCUGGGUCAAGCGAGGCCCCACUGGGGUCAUCGCGAGCACGAUGGAAGACGCAUUUGCGACGGCCGAGGCGAUAGCGGAGGACUGGAAGAGGGGCAAGAAGUUCCUUGGUGACGCCGGAGCGGGACAGGCAAGGAGCGUCGACAGCGCUGGGUGGGAAGGGGUGCAGAGUGAGGCGGGCAGGAGCGUUGCCAAUUCUGCUGUCGACUGGGAGGGCUGGCUGGCUAUUGACAAGGAGGAGAGGGAUCGAGGCCAGCAGAAGGGCAAGGAGAGGGACAAGUUCACGGCGACGGGCGACAUGCUCAAAGUGCCCUUCUCAUCCAUGGCAUAA